GCGGCUGUCCCGCCUCCGUUACGGGACGUUACGGGACCGUUUCCUGACAGAACGGUUUACCGAACCGCGGUAGCAGCUACUCCGGGGGGUCCAACCCGUUUUUUACGAAAAUGCUCCGGCCCGGCUGAGAGAUGCCCGCCACGGGUCAGACGAGCCCCUGCCUGUGGACGCCGCUGCCCCAGAGCCGCCUGGGUCCGUGUGACCGCUACAAACACGCCUGCUGCAGCUACGACGGCACCGUCUACGUCCUGGGAGGCAGGGACAGCGGCUGCCUGGGAGACUUCUGGAAGUACAGCGUCGUGUUGGAUGAAUGGACCAGGCUGAGCUGCACAGGCGAAGCUGCACCAGAGGAGCUGGAACAACAUACUAUGGUGGCACAUAAGGGUUUCCUGUAUGUGUUUGGAGGCAUGUGGGAUUCUCCAUUCACCGGGCGCAGAUGCCCCCUCUGGGUGUUUGAUACCGUAAAUCAGAAGUGGGUGCCCUGCCAGGGAAAGACCAGCUCCCCUCAGACCCAAAGGCCCAGCAACAGGAAAGGACACAGCGCCGUGGUGCUGGGGUCCGCCAUGCUCGUCUACGGAGGUUUCAUGGACAUCAAAGGACCCGUGCAGGAGUUUUGGAGUUUAAAUUUAUAUACCAUGGCUUGGUCUCCACUGAGCGGUUCUGAGCGGGGCUCAUCAGGUCCGGGACCCAGACACAACCACUCCGCUGUGGCCUACCAGAGCGACAUGUUCCUGUUUGGAGGACUGAAGGGUCUGCGGGAGCAGAGGGACUUCUGGAAGUGGAACUCCACCAACCACACAUGGACCUGCCUCAAGCCGGGCCCCCCUCGGCUGACGGGCCACGCUGCCGUAACCUACAGGGACAGCAUGCUGCUGUUCGGGGGCGGCGAGAGCCACAGCUCUCCCAACAACGGCCUGUGGAGGUACAGCUUCUCCUCUCAGAGCUGGAGCCGGGUGGCGUCGCUCCCCGGCUCCGACGCUCCGGGCCGGAUUCACCACUGCUGCGCCGGACUGGGUCGCAGCUACGAGGCCGACACCGGCAGCUCCAGCCCGGCCCCGGACUCUAAACCCAAACACUUUAGAAAUAGGUGCUUCCCCGCUUCCCAACCGGACAUAGAGAUGGAGACGUUCAGCAAAGGCCUCAGUUCUCCGGCGCCGGACGCCCGCAGCGAGACUGGGAGUGAUUGUUUGACGUUUGACAACAAAGCUUUCAGGAAGCAGUGGAGCUGCUCGGACGACCCGCUGCUCCGCCAGGAACACGGCGAUCUGCUGAAGAAUCUGCCCGACGCGCUGCUGGUGCUGGGAGGAAGACCGUACAGCAGACACAGCCCCAUCUCCAUCUGGAGCGUGACGCUGACUGACUGCUAACAGUCAGACAUGAAACGUUUACAAAGAGCCAGUGUUACACGUUCACCUAUGAUCACCACGGUUAGUCACAACUUGUACAUAAGACGGUGUAAAGCUGUUAUAUCAGCAGGUCUUCUAUCAAUUCCUGAAUAAAGUAUUAGAAGGACA